AUGUCAGACAACGAGCGAUCCCGCGACCGCUACCGCGAGCGAGAUAGCCGUCGCGAGCCACGCGAAGGCCGUGAACGAGGCGGCACACCCACAGAGCGGCGCAACCGCUCGCGCAGUCCACGAGAGCGCGGCGGCCGGCGCGACAACCGCCACCGUUCGCGAUCGCCAUACCGAAAAGAUGAGCGCGAAGGGGCCAGCCGAGGCGGCGACAGGGGCAGGCCUGGUCAUGACCGCGGUCGAGGUCGCGACGACAGGCGAGGAGGCCGAGAUGAUCGCUCCCAUUUCCGCGACCGCUCACCACAACCACCAAAAGGCCCCCGUGGUAGCGCUCGCGGCCCCUUCAGCGGCGCUGUCAAACCCCCAAGCGGCCCUCGCCCCUCGGCUGAUUCUGCUGUCAAGGAAGAGACUCCUGAUGUGGAAAUGAAGGACGAGAGGCAGAAGCCAGAGGACAUGGAUGACGACGAAUGGGAGAUGCUGAAGGUCAUGGGCUUUGGAGGAUUCAAGAGCACGAAAAACACAAAGGUUCCUGGAAACGACAAGAACUACGGGGUCAGGAAGGACAAGCAGCUCCAGGCCAGACAGUACAUGAAUCGCCAGGGUGGUUUUAACAGGCCACUGUCGCCGAGCAGGUCAUGAUGAGGCUGUAACGGGCAUGUGCUAUGAGGUCUUACAUUGCUGGUUAAAGUCAUGGUUACAAUUUCGGGAGCUUGCGCUUGAAGCAAGGCCACCGUAACAUCCAACGGUCAAAGUCGCCUUUCUGGGACAAACGAGGCAAGGCAAACACACGCUACGGCAAGUCCUUGGGCCACCUACACUCGGGGCGGAGCAGCUCAUGGUAUGACGCCUUUUCCGUAUUCCAGCACAAUUACUUCUCUUUAGUCUGACCCGAGCAAAAGGAACAUGUGUUACUACAGAAUCUGUUACUAUGAGCAGGGCAUGUAUUGUUAGACGGAUGCUGCUCUCUAGAAUGCGAAUUCAACUAUUUUCACCG